UCCCCCGCGGCUGCGCGUUCGUGAAGCGUCGCGGCGCCGGGUGUCCAAGAUGGCGUCGGGGCCGCCCCCCACGGCCGCCGAGGCGUACCGGCCCAACCGUUACGUCUCGCUGCCGGCCGAGCUCGAUCCCAACACCUACGACUCGUCGCCGGAGAAGCGCCGUGCGGAAGCUGAGCGCUUGGCGAUCCGCGCCCGGCUCAAGCGGCAGUACCAGCUGCAGCUCAACAACCCCAACCCACCGGCCAUCAUCGAAAAUCCUGCCUUGAUCCGCUGGGACUAUGCUAGGACACACAACGUCUACCCUACUUUCCGCCUGACACCUAAGACGGUCUUUCUGGGAGCUGUUUGUUCGAUAGGCCCUCUCCUCUUCUGGGGCAUUCUCUUCAAAGUCGAUAGGGAUCGUAGGGAGAAGCUUAUCAAAGAAGGAAAAUACGAGCGACCGUUCAGUCUAUAUUAAGUUCCUGGACUUGCAGUGCUGUUCAUGGGAUAUAAAUAAAAUAAGAUGUGUGUUGACCAUU